AUGUCUUCUGCUACAGCUUCAACUGAGAGUAUUGUGGAAAAUAUGUUGCAUCCAAAGACUACAGAAAUAUAUUUUGCGCUUAACAAUGGGGUUCGUAUCCCAGCUUUAGGAUUGGGUACCGCAAAUCCUCACGAAAAAUUAGCUGAAACCAAACAAGCCGUCAAGGCUGCUAUCAAGGCAGGUUACAGACACAUUGAUACCGCUUGGGCAUACGAAACAGAGCCAUUUGUUGGCGAGGCCAUCAAAGAGCUAUUGGGAGAGGGAUCUAUCAAAAGGGAGGAUCUUUUCAUUACUACCAAAGUGUGGCCGGUCUUGUGGGAUGAAGUGGAAAGGUCACUGAAUGAAUCCCUAAAGGCAUUGGGUCUGGACUACGUCGAUUUGUACUUGCAGCACUGGCCAUUAUGUUUUGAAAAGGUCAAGGAUCCUAAAGGAAUCAGCGGAUUAGUGAAAACUCCAGUUAAUAAGUCCGGUGAAACAAUGCAUGCUUCCAAUGGUGAUUGGAUGGAAACUUACAAGCAAUUGGAAAGAAUCUACCUUGACCCUAACGAUCACCGUAUUAGAGCCAUUGGUGUUUCCAAUUUUUCAAUUGAAUAUUUGGAGCGCCUCGUCAAGGAGUGCAGAGUCAAGCCAACUGUGAACCAAGUGGAAACGCAUCCUCAUUUACCACAGAUGGAAUUGAGAAAGUUCUGCUUUAUGCAUGAUAUUUUAUUGACGGCAUAUUCCCCAUUAGGUUCCAACGGUGCGCCAAACUUGAAGAUUCCAUUAGUGAAGAAGCUAGCUGAGAAAUACAAUGUGACAGGGAAUGACUUAUUGAUUUCUUACCAUAUCAGACAAGGAACUAUUGUAAUUCCAAGAUCUUUGAAUCCAGUUAGAAUCUCCUCUAGUAUAGAAUUUGCCUGUUUAACUAAGGACGAAUUACAAGAAUUAAACGAGUUUGGUGAAAAAUACCCUGUGAGAUUCAUCGAUGAGCCAUUUGCUGCGACUCUUCCAGAAUUUACUGGUAAUGGGCCAAACUUAGAAAAUUUGAAGUACUAG